CGCAUCACCGGAAGUGACGUCUGACACGGCCAAUGCAGCCAGACGUCGCCGAAUGUGACGUUGCCUCGAUGCCGGAAGUGCCUGGUGAUUUCCGGUCAGCUGAUCAGACGUGGACACAACACAGCCGGUCAGUGAGUGUCCGAGGGCUCGGGGUGGGUACCGGCAAUGCAGUGUGUGGCGCCUGGGGAGGGCUGCAGGGAGAGCUCGGCCACCCCCCCCCAUGGGAUGUAUGGGGAGAUCACAUGACAGAAUGGCAUCCUGGUCCAUGGGAGAGGAGAUAUGGAAUUAUAGUAUAUGGAAAGGGGGAAUACUGGGGGUAAGGUGACAUAUGGGGGGAGGGAGUCUGAUACCAGGCUGGCUUGGAAAUACAUUGUGUGGCCCCUAUCUCAUUUCAUGUAUAUGUACCAUUAUAUGCUUCAUCAUGAAAUAAAGACUGCCCAAAAUGCCAGCACAAUAUAUUAAUCUGACUAUUUGUGGGCAUGAUCCUCACACACAGCCAAUACCGUGCUAAAACAUUGACAUUGACACAAAAUUACUGUAAGUUCUGCACGCAAGCUCUCACUAUUCUUGGACGGAAGCUGUGACUAUAGUAUUCAUCAGCCCAGUAUUCAUACAGCAUCUCUCAUUUUGUUUAACAUUGGGCGUUGCACGUUAGUAUGUCCAAAGAAAAAAGUUACCUGCGCUCUCUUUUAAAUCCCUAUGUGUAUAUAUAUAAACAAAUGGAGGUCAUUUAGUUACUCCAAUGGCCAUUGGAGGGAAUGCCCGCCUGCCAACGUCAAGGCAGACCCUCUUAGGUGGGUUCUACAUUGACCUUUCUUUGGUUUUUACUGUAUGUAUUGGACUGAUGUGUACUGUGGUCGUUGCUAAUUGGAGUAAUUGGAGUGAGCGCAGGACUUUUUUUGUAUUUGUAUUCACGUUAGUAGGUCACACUGGGCUUGUAAGUUUGUUUAUGUUGGUAAACUAUAGGCAAAGAUGGCACAACUGUGACGGAAAAGUGACAUGUGAAUAAUGGUGUGAGUGUAAUCUUACUGUAGUUCUAGAGAAUGUAACACCGUUUGCUUUAAUUAAACAAUAACAUUUAGAACUGUGACUUUGACCUUAUUCAUCAUAAUGCCAAUCCUUUACAGAUAUCCUCCCACAUUCACAUGUCUCAUUAAUUGACCUAAAACACCCAGUUAAUUCAGAUUACUGCAAUGGGUGAGGCUAGAAGAAUAAUGGAAGAUAAGUGCAGUCAUGAUUUUGAUGAAACUUGUUAGGUGAACUAUUUGGGAGGAUUUUGAUUGGAUUCACGUGCACCAUAAACAUUUUCAACAUGGCUACAAUGUAGACUGAUUUUUUUUUUCCAGUAAGUAUAUGUGCAUUCUAGUUUGGAGAUAAUGUUUACUUUCCUUCCUACACAUCAGGUACAAUGGUGUGUAUCCCAUGCAUUGUCAUUCCAAUCUUCCUCUGGGUUUACAAGAAAUUUUUGGAGCCUAUUGUGUAUCCAUUUAUAGCACCAUUCAUCAACCGUAUCUGGCCAAAGAAAGCAGUUCAGAACAACCCAGAUCCAAACAAAAAGGAAACCAAUGAGUGCAAUGGGACCAGCAAGGUAUUGCAGCUGCUUUAGCCACAUCACACAUUUUGCAAAGGAAGUGCACAUGUCAAAAAGUAACCAAUUUACCGUUUCUGAGUUUACUAAUCCAUGUUUUACAUUAGAGGGAGGCGUUCAGAGUAAUUUUCCUUAGACACAGAACAAACUAUUCUUAUUUUUUCCUGAAAGUGAUUCAAAGUGAGUUUGUCCAAAAGGAAAAAAGUUGCAAGCUUUUAUUAUGUUGCAUUCUCUAAACUUCAAUCAAGUUGAGUCCCUUUCUAUGGCCCCGGUUUUAAUAUUUUAUUAGAGAAGCUUUGAAAUUAUUUAAUAUUUAGAAAUGUUUCAAAAUAUUUUUAUAUUGCUUUAUUUUUUUUAUAAGAAUAAAAAAUAUACAUCAUAUAUUUAACUGUUACUAAUAAUAAUUAACAGCCAAUAGAUGUGUGGCAGUUUCUACAAAAUGUCUAUGUUUUACAUUGCAGGGUUAAAACUACAGAGCCACUUCAUUGAGAUUAAGUGGUCUGGGCGCCUUUAGUGAUCCUUUAGCGUUAAAUAAGAGAGUAAAACAUUUUCAUAGAUGAUACAGUUAAAUUGUGGGCAUGUUUAAGUGUCUUCGAAUAAUUUAUCUUAAAGUCUCCAUUACUUAAUGCAGUUUUUUGUUUUUAAUUUUUUUUUACAGCCGGACAGUAACGGGAUAUCAAAUGGAAAUGUUGGUCAACGAGAAGAAGCAAUCUCCAAUAAAAAGUCGGACUAGCACGUCAUCCUGUAAAGGAAUAGAUCUGUGAUCUUCUCUCCCUGUUCUUCGAAUUGUAUAGAUUGAAAGAGCAGUCAUCAACUCUGAUGUUGAGGCUGUUUAUUUAUUUACCAUGGAGUGAUGAGAUGAUAAACCUUUGUAUAUAUUAAUAUAUUGCAUUCCACAUUUUAGAUAAACUCCUACCAUUCAUUUUUUUGAUUAACUGUAUUAAAAAAAAUAAAAGUUACUAAUCAGAUGAAAUCCAA